AUAUCGAUGGUCGAUGAUUUGCUGAAAAAGCGCGCGCAGUUCGAAAAGCUGUGUGAUGAACUCGGGCAGGACCGUCUCCUGAGGAAUUCGGACAGAAAAAGAGCAAUAUUCCCGCCGUGAUGGACACCUGUGGUCAAUUAACCCUCUAAUCGAACGCCGGCGAACUCGACAAACAGCCAAAAAUGAAAAAACCCAAGUCGAAACGCAUUUGAGACGACAACAACUGAAAUAUGAAGCCACUGCACGACACUCUCUACACAUUUGGAGAGAUGUGGUACCAAAUAUUCCUGUGGGCUUUACUGUCUUCAGUCGUAAUACACAUCGCCGCAGCGGCGAUUUCGUUUGCCAUCCUCAGGAGGCACCGAAUAGGAAAAUUUUUCCCUCUGCUGCUGUUGCUAAUGGGCAUAUCUAGUCCGGUGACAACCGGCGCUGUGAACUCGGCGGUGAUCUCGUUCGUGUACUGCGCCGCCAACAUCACCAUGCUCGAGUGGCACGCGCUCGUGUGGGGCGUGGGCCAGACGGCGUUGGCCGCCGGCAUCGGCGUCACUCGGAUCCUGGCCACCCUCUGACCGGACCAAAGGAUGCGCCAGACAAUAAGCAUGCUCAUUUCGUUGGGUCAAGACUGUUGUUCACGCCAUCAUUGCCAAUUACUGCUACGAUGCAUACACACACACACUAUUCCGAGUCAUUAAUAACAUUGUUUAUUUUUCCUAUAUUUGAAUGUGCGUACAAAUGAUAUAAUUAUAUUAAAUUAAGCGGCCGUUAAGUUAAAA